AUGUUAUUUUUAUACAUUAUUCUAUUAGCAUUUGUCUCAUUAAUCACUGGAACAAUUGCAGCCAAAAAAUCAAAUAUGACAAUACCAAAUAAUCGAAUAUUUUUAUUAAAGACAUCGCAUACUCGACUAAUUAUAGGUAUUAUAUUACAUAUCUUUAUGGUUGCUUCUGAUAUCUAUCCCAGCGAUGAAAUAGAAGAUGAUCAAAAACGUCGCUGGAAUAUUAUAGCUACCCGCGUCUAUAUUUUAAUCAUUAUAUUGAGUCUUAUUGGAAGUGCAUUAUUUUUAUCGUUGAUUACUCAAACAACAAUGAUCAAGAUUAAAAAUCCAACAAAAGAAAAAAUUCAGUCUCUUCCUUCGAAUGCUCGAUGUCCUUGUUCUCAAAUAUCUUUUCCUUAUGGAAAAUUUAUUUCACUUCAAAAAAAAUUUCAUCAAGUUUGUUCAAGUGAAUUGGUACUUGAUCGAUGGCUUAAAACAAUAAAUACUGGACCGAACUCUACUUUGUUUCUCGGUACUGAUUUUCGAGCUUUUGGUAGUGCUCAGUUUCAAGCACUUGCUGGUUUUUGUCGUUUAUCAAAAGUGAAUAUUGAACAAAGCAUCAAUUCUUUUUAUCUACGUACAUUAUUAAGUGCACAAGUACUAUCUGAAAUCGAUCUUAAAUCGCAAAUGAAAUCAUUGAUCGACGAACUUCAAUCAACAGCACCGAACAUUUUUAAUGGUUUACUAAGAUUAGUAAAUGAUAUGAUACGAACAAAUGAAUUAAUAACUGCAUUACAGACAAAUGCCGUUCAUGUUUACUAUGUAACUGGUCCUAAUGACAUUAUUGUCACAAAAGGCACACUUGCACAUUCACAAGAGGAUGGUAGUCGUUGUAUGUGUAAGCAGAAAGGCUGUAAGAAGUUUCUUUCAGCUAUACAUAGUGUGACAAAUAGAUUUACAGGUUCUAAAGAUAAUAUCGUUCUUUGGAUUAUACCAGGAAUAUCUUCAGGUUGUAUGCCUGUUACUUCAAUUCUACUUUCAACACUGGAAUGUUUCUACAAUCAAACAUGUCUAGAUAAGCUUAUUUCAUAUUUUGCAACAAAUGAAACAUUCGAAGCAAUGAAUGUGACUGAACAAAGUCGAUUUUAUUCAAACUCAACCGUACAAUCCAUAGUUGAUAAACUAAUGAUCGAAGACUGGAUAAGAACUAUUUCAUAUGAAAAUUAUUAUUCUCAAUGUGCACCAUCUUUAUGCACAUAUUAUGAAGUAUCCCGACAUAAUAAGAUAUAUAUCUUGACAAAACUAAUCAGUUUAUUAGCUGGGUUCGUAAUAGGAUUCAAAUUAGUUAUUCUAAUUGUCAUUCGACUCAUACGAUGGUUAAAAGAACCUGCAAUAAGACCAAGAGAUUCUAUUUGUAUACGUUGUCGAAAACUUCUGGUAUCUACUCGAAAGAAACUCAUUGAACUAAAUCUGUUCAAACAUUAUCCAAGUACUGAUCGACAAAUACGUCAUCAACGUUAUGCUACUCGAAUCUAUAUAUUAUUAUUAUGUAUAUCGCUUGUAAUUUUAACGAUUUAUACUUUAUUACAAAGAACAAUUCAAUCGAAAACAAUUCCUUAUCCAACUCAAUCGGAAUAUCUUCAACUUCGAAAACUUUAUCCAAAUACUCUUUCAUGUCCAUGUACUUCAAUUUCAAUGCCUUACUCUACUUUUAUUAAACUUCAGCCAUAUUAUCAUCAGCUGUGCUCAAGUAAUUUUACUUCUCAAGAAUGGAUCAGUUAUACGGCUAUUAUGGGACGCCAAUCAGUAUACUUUUCGGAUUAUCGAGGAACUGCUACUAUUCAGUUUCAAACUCUAUCUAUGUUUUGUGAAGAAGCUCAUCAGACAAUUAACGAUACUCUUCGAAUAUUUUUUCAAACAAAAUUUGUAAGUAUACAAGUUAUUUCUGAGCAGUCAUUUGAAUUUCAAAUGAAUUCAUUGAUUGAAAAUUGGAAGUCAACAACUAUUAAUACAUUUAAGCGUACUAUUCGAUCCGUUCGUGAAAUCACACAAGGAAAUCAAUUAUCAAAUGGUGGAUUUAAUUCCAUAGCUGAUGUUAAUCCAAUUACAAGAAGAACAAUAAUACAACCAAGGCAGUAUUCUACUUGUAAUUGUGGUUUAUCACGAUCAUGUUUAUAUCCAACUGGUAUCUACAAUGGAGAUGAACCUAACAAUUUAAUUAACUUUUAUUCAGUUCCUAACUUCUUUCUUGGUUGUUAUCCUAUUGAAGCUUUAUUUUCAUCAACAUUAGAUUGCUUCUAUGAUCUUUCAUGUAUGUUAACAAUUCAUAAUUUAUCAGUUACAGUUGCUUCACAAUCUUUUACAUAUACUCCUCUUGAUAAAAAUCUUAAUCAGCCAAAUGAAACAAUUGAAUUGAUUGUGAAUAGAUUAAUGGUUGAUAAAUGGUUUUCGAAUGUUUCUUUUUCAUCCUAUUAUGAUAAAUGUUCUCCAUCAUUAUGUACAUUUGAAUAUGAAGAUCAUCAACAUUUUGGAUAUUUUAUUACUAUUAUCAUUACUCUUUAUGGAGGUUUAUCACUUGGACUUCAAUUUAUUAUUUGGAUUGGACUUCAAUUUAUUGAACAAAUUAUGUCGAAUUGUUCAUCUAUUUUAGUAGUUUGGCAUUCAGUCAGACGUAUAUUUAGUUUUAAUAAUAAACAUAAAAUCAUUUGCCAAUUGCAGUUUGUUCUUGUUGUUAUCAUGCUUACUGUUUUCUUUAGUUUAACUACUUUUAAUCUUCGUACAAAAACUGUUGAAAUUCGAAAUAUUACAUUAACUACUUAUAAAAAUCUUUUGGAACAAUCGCAUGAAUCAUUUCAGUGCCCGUGUUCGCAAAUAUCGAUCAAAUAUCGAGAAUUUCUCGAUAUUGAAGCACGUUAUCAUCAAAUAUGUUCGAGUGAUUUUGUUUCUAAUCCAUGGAUUACAUAUAUAUUUAAUCUUACUAUUCCUGGUAAUCAAUACAAUUCAACUGAUUUCUAUCAUACAUCUAGUGGACAAUUUCAAUUACUUGCUUCAUUAUGUCGAUUAUCUGAAGAAACAGCAAAUCAAUCACUUUUACAACUAAUUGAAAAUGAUUUUAUUAAUAUUGAACUUUUAUCUCCAAAUUUAUUAGAGAAUCGUAUUCAAUCAACUGUUAAUGAAUUUGAAUUAACAAUGCCGAAUUUAUUUAUAAAUACUAUUUCUUUAAUUCGAGAAAUGAUUGCAGCAAAUAUGUUAAUGAGUGUAUUCUCAACUAAUUGGAUGAUCGGUACUCCACAAAACAUAACUCAUAGGCAGUCAGCUUUUAUAGUACCACUUGAUUACCAAGACUGUACUUGUGCAGUGUCAUCUAAAUGUGUUUCUCCUUCUCGUGGUAUGCUUUCUGGUUGUUAUCCACUUGAAACUAUUCUACAAUCAACACUCGAAUGUCUUUUUAUUCCAACAUGUAUUAAUAUCACUGGUAAUUUCAAAGUAUUGAAUAUUUCUUUGGUUAAUUCAAGUCGUUUUCCUCUGAAUACAACCGUUGAAACAAUUGUUAAUAAAUUAAUGGUUGAAGAAUUCUUAAAGAAAAUAUCCUAUGCAUCAUAUUUUGAUCGAUGUGCACCAUUAUUAUGUAGUUACUCAUACGAUGAUAAAAAUAAUCUUAUUGAAGGUAUUACAACUCUUAUUGGUCUUUAUGGUGGUUUAACAAUCAUUUGUCGAUUAUUGUCGAAAUUCAUUGUCAGAUAUAUUUUAUGUCGAAGACAACGAAUUAAUCCAAUUACAAACUGA